UGCUGAUGCAGCCCUCAAUGAAAUUGUAGGCUUGUCACAGGGUUCCUCCCAGACAAAGAGCUUUGCAGAAGUUAGGCAAGGUUUCAUUUUGCUAGCAUGUCGCACAAGAGCAUUCUCAGACUGUGGUUCUCAAUCCUUCUCUUAGGAGCUGAAGCUUCCGGAGCAGAAGAACUGAACAGGGUUCUGGGGGAAACUGUCACAUUCCAAGUGAAGAUCACUGGACCCUAUAAAUCAAUAUCCUGGAAUAAAAUUUCCGGCAUCGGAUCUGGAAAUAUUGCUGUGGUGACCUUUAGGGAGCCAUGUGCCCUUCUGGUCCUCCUACCAGCUUUUGAAAACAGAGUGACUGUUUCCAAGGACUGCAGAGGAUUACUUCUCAGUCAUGUGAAGAAAGAGGAUGCAGGACAAUACACUACACAAAUUGUUUUACAAACUGGAGAGGCAGUGAAAGAAUUCUUUGAGCUACGGGUUUUUAGAGAGUUGCUGGACUCUCAGCUGAAAGUGACUUGCACUUCUGAUGGGGCUGGAAAUGGAACUUGGCAGCUGAAUUGCUCUACCAAGACCUGGGAAGACAGGGUGAAUAUCAGCUGGACUUCAGUCGCUAAGAGCACGGAUCCCAGCCCUGGGAGUUCUGUGAUCCAGUUUGUUUCCCAAGAUCUCAAUGCAACAUGCACAGCAGAAAACCCUGUUAGCAGUGCAUCCAGGAUGGUCUCCUUAAAACAAGUUUGUGCGGAGAGGAGACCUGAGACGGAGGCCCCCCAAGAGAACGAAAAUGGGCCGCGUGCAAGCAGUGCAUUGAUCGUAGGCGUGAUUGUACCUUUCCUCAUUCUGCUAGUUGUUGCCGUUUGUGUGUGGAGGAAGAAAGCUACCGAGAGGAAUCAACAUUUUACAACGCACCCAGAGAUUGAAAACCCACCUAGGAGUGAUUCCACCUUAAUAGGAGACCAGCCCAAGCAAACCAAGAGAAAAACAAAUCAGCCAGCUAGAAGAACACCAAAGAACAACCAGGAGAUGCCCCACACCAUUUAUACAGCUGUGCAGCAUCCCAAGCAGAAUCCUUUACAAACAGAUGAUGAGAAGAUACAAAAGGGUCGGCGCAGCCAUCAGAACCAAGGCGAUAAAACGAUUUAUUCGGAGAUCACCAAGCCUCAGGAGAGUGAAGACUCAAACAUCAAGACCAUCUAUGAAACGGUGCAAAACCCCCGCCCGUCAAAUCUAGCCUCGUAGCCUUUGUUCAACACCCCCCCUCCAAAGCUAGCAGGGGAUGCUCCCCCCCCCAGAGCUGGGAGAGUACCUGAGUUCCUUCUUCAAAAGGCAGCCUGGAGCACCUGCAGAAGAUCCCAAUCACAAGAGAGACAAGCGGACAAGACAAGCCCGGGCUCAUUCCACAAUCGGCACCAACUUUCGGUCCUGGACCUGCACCUGCACCAGACGCUCAUCCUUCUGACUCAGGGACUGGGAUGGGACAACUCGCCACGGCCGACUUGUGCAAGACAACUCGCCACGGGGCAGUACAACAAAUACAAAAUUAAAUCAAUUUUGGUGGAACCAUGGCCAAUAAUAAUAAAAUCCAGAAGUACAAGGACUACAAUAAUUCCAAUGAAAACAUGGUCGCCAAUAAUAAAAGUAACUGAAUGAAAAGAUGAAUAUAGUCUUGAACUGUCCGGUGGCGAGUUUGUCCCACGUUGACUUGGUCGUGGCGGGUGACCACGGCGAGUUGGCCGUGGUGAGCUAUCCUAGACCCCUCAGGGAGGGGGGAGAGAAAAUAAUUUCUUUCCUUUCGUUUCUUAUUUUUAAUCGAUACACAAAUGGAACCUCAACUGUUCCGCUCUGAAGUUCUUUGACCUUUGCAGAAUUGUUUCACCAGUGUUUGAAAAAAGGAUUAAGUGGGAAAAUCUGUGUACAGCCAGUCCUCGAUCCUUCAGAUCAGGUUAUUCUAGGUUAUGAAGGUCCUCCCAGGGGUACUUAGGAUGCAGUUCCAAAGUCCCUAUGGCUGCCCCCUGCAAGGUCAUGUGACCGUAUGUCCAGUACUUAGCAACCAGCCUGCAUUUAUUGUCAUUUGCAGCUUACGAUGGUCACACGACUGGGUUUUAUGACAUCUUUGCCAAACCCCAGCAUUAACUUCCGGAUUUCAUCUGAUAGCGAACCACUGAUUCAUUUAAUGACUGCUGUGAAAAAGGUCAUAAGAUUGGGUCAGUCACAUGGGUGGCCUAUUUUAAAACUGUCACAACUGUGAUAGGCAGGCUCCAUUACAGUCAUAAGUUGAAGACUUCCUAUAAAAUGCACAGAUCUGUGAAAUAAUUUAUAGAAGCAUUAUAGGAGGGAAGCUUAACUCGGUAAACAUUUGGUAGAUGUGUAAAAAAGUGUUUUGUUUUGUUUUUUAGAAAAAUGGGAAGCCCAAUAUUUAUAUAUGGUGUGAAGUGUUUGGGUUUUUUAACAUUAAGUUAGAGGAAUAAAUGGACACCUUCAUGUAUGAUCUUA